UAGGCAAUACUAGUUAAGUUAGUCGAUAGCUGGUGGUGAGGGUCCAGCCAUCACUAACGCCACACCGUACCACCCACAUUACGUCCUAACCCGCACAGCUGUCAGCGGCUUAAGGAUUAGAGGAUUGAAAAGAGUGAAAAUUAUCAUAGAUUGAACAUUGAAAAUACGUUGAUGAGGUUAAAGCGAGUUCACAACAUGUUGACGAGUCAAGAGUUAAAAACAGUGUCAAAAACUGGUCAUAACCCAAGAUAAUGUUGAACUAAACAUCUAAAUAGUCUGUGUUAAUUUAUUCGUAAGCUGUACAGACUCAACUAGCAGGAAAGUCAGAACAAUUUAUUCUAAAUGACUGGCGGAAAAGAAAGAUGACAAAAGCCUAGCAACUGGAAGAGGGGGGGUUGGGGUGGGGGAGUGGAAGGCCUAGGCUAUUCGGUCCAGUCAAGCUUCGGGUUUUGAAAAUGAGGCUGUCACUGAGGAGUUAAUAUUCGAGUUACGUAUUAAUUUUUACGGAUUAAUUGACGAAUUCAAGCAACGAACGAGGGCCGUACUGGAUUAUAAAAAUAAUUAAAUUAUUAUAAUAAUCACAAAUUUUGACCAAAGGAAUUUUUUUUAAUAAAAUUGCCCUCUGAACUAGGAAAUAUUGUGAACUGAACCGGUGAAUCAGAACUCUUGGAUAGUAUUCAAAUAUAAACAGCAAAAUUAAAAUAUGUAUCAAGUUUAAAAUAUGCCAUAGCAAAAAUCGUAAGGCCAUAGAAUAUGCCAUCUGCUGAAAAAUCAUUGACGAUAUUUUGAAUUCAUUGAAUUGUAUAAACUAAUAUUGUAAAUUCAAUAAGCUUUAUACCCACAUUUAGAUUAAACAACCGGAGACCACAGAAAAAUGACAUCGAUUGAGGAGCUGGUUCGCGAGGCUGAGCAAAUAGAGUUCUGUUUAAGUCCAGAGAGCGAAUUGGAGGGAGUUCUUCGCACGCUCCAAGCCUUCCAGCAGGAGUCCACCAGGAAGCUCCAAGACAUCCAGAAACAAAAACAUUGCGACAGGAGCCAACAAAACGGCACAGAGCAAGAUCAAUACGCGGAAGGUCAGGAAAAGGCAGAGUUUGGAUGUGACGGACUUCCAGGAUGCGAUGCCAAGAGACAAGAUGACGGUGCUGGGAUUCAAGCGGAAGGUUGGAGGUCGCAGAAACAUGACAACAUUAAGGUGCCAAACUACGACCCGGACAAACAAGAAGAUGGCGGUAGACGACAAGACAACACCAAGACGUUAUAUGAUAGUGUUAAGAUAGAUAAUGAUGGUGAAUUACUCAAUGAUAGGAAUUUGGAACACAGAGAUGCAAAUGAUGAAAGAAGCGAAGGUCAUGGUGGCUACAGUGGUGAAGAAGGUAACAGUAGUGAUUGUGAAGUGAAGGAGGCUGAGAAGUCCCUGGCGGAGGCGCUGCAGGUACUGACGUGUCUCAACCUUCUACCUGAUGACACCGGCGUCAGCAAGAGAUAUUCAGAGCAUCGAGCCGCCCGUCCAAGGAUCCUGUCUCUGGGGCUGCGGGCGUCCUCACCCUCCCACACCUCACCAGGUGAGGCUGGAGGACCAACCCUCCCCAACACCGUAUGGGGCUGUCAUAGAGGUGUCACUGUAUUGUCCGAUUCGAGUGGUGAGGGCGCGGCGGAGGUAGGGUGGCCAGGGUCCCAGAGGACACCACAUCUAUGGCGGCAGGUGGCGGAGGAGCCGCGGGAGAGCCAGCCGCCCCACACAAGGGUGAGGUUCGACAUGAAUGCCCUCAACCGGGAGCUGGCCAACCUCCUCACCAUGACGGGAGAGGACCCGCUGAUGUUAGAACAUUCUUCCCUGUUAAACGUCCCUGUCACGCCCCCGCCCACGCCCGUCUUCAACACCAACUACGCCCCAGAGGAUCAGGAAUACCUCCCUCCUUUCAAAAUCAUGCCAGGCCCGCCGCCCCCCAAGCCUCCAAGAGUUAAAUUCCCCGCGAACGAGAUUUUCCACGCUCAAACGGGCCAACUGUCCAAAUCGACUGGGAACCUGGCCCACGAGGACUCCCAGAGAAAGCAUCAAAGCCUCUCGGCUCAUGCGCUCAGCCCUGGUGAGAGAAAAGAGAACAUCCUUCUCGCCUCCAUCAAGAGAAAAGGCAUGAGGGCUCGCGUACGCAGCUUCACGAAAAAGAAAGUCAAACGAGUCAAGAGUUUGGACAUCAGCGGACCUACUGAGUUCAGGCAUGUAGCAGGGGCGCUCGCGCUCAAGGGAGUGGACGCCGCAGACGAUGGCGGAGAACAUGAUAGCCAACCCUUUACACUUGUGCCGGAAACUGAAGAAGCAGGCGCUCACAGACAAGAGCGAAUUGCCUCGGAAACAGAAGAUUCGCAAUCAACAGACACGACGUCAACAGAAACCCAAACAGACGAUACCGGCUCAACAGAAGCUAUACCAGCAGACGGCACUAGUUCAAUAGAAGAGACGCCAACAGACGACACUAAUUCAACAGAAGCUACGCCAACAGACGGAACCAGUUCAAUAGAAACUACGCCAACAGAGGGCACUAGUUCAACAAAAAGUACGCCAACAGACGACACUAGUUCAACAGAAGCUACGCCAACAGACCCAAUAGGCAACACUGGUUCAACAGAAGCUACGCUAACAGACCCAACAGACGACACUGGUUCAACAGAAGCUACGCCAACAGAUGACACUGCUUCAACAGGAGCAACGCCAACAGACAACACUGGUUCAACAGAAGCUACGCUAACAGACCCAACAGACGACACUGGUUCAACAGAAGCUACGCCAACAGACGACACCGGUUCAACAGAAGCUACGCCAACAGACAAUGGUUCAACAGAAGCUACGCCAACAGACAACACUGGAUCAACAGAAGCUACGCUAACAGACCCAACAGACGACAUUGAUUUAACAGAAGCUUCGCCAACAGACCCAAUAGACAACACUGGUUCAACAGAAGCUACGCCAACAGACGACACUGCUUCAACAGAAGCUACGCCAACAGAGCAUACUGGAUGAACAUGAACUAAACCAACAGACUGAAUAACAGUGACAAUUCCAUAGACAAAAUUGCCAAAGAAGAGUACCGCAACGGAAGUCGAUAUAAAAAACGGCACAACGGACACCAGCAUUCACAGACACAAACAGAAACAAAAGGUAUAGAAGAUAAUAAACAGAUACUAGAAUGCCCAAAUACUGAUAAAGCUAGAACUCUCAGAUGCUAUUUUUUAAAACGUCUAGUAAACACAUACACAAGGAUUCAGGGGGCCAUGUGUAAACACAUACACAAGGAUUCAGGGGGCCAUGUGUAAACACAUACACUAGGAUUCAAGGGGCCAUGUGUAAACACAUACACUAGGAUUCAAGGGGCAUGUGUAAACACAUACACUAGGAUUCAAGGGGCAUGUGUAAACACAUACACUAGGAUUCAAGGGGCCAUGUGUAAACACAUACACUAGGAUUCAAGGGGCCAUGUGUAAACACAUACACUAGGAUUCAGGGGGCCAUGUGUAAACACAUACACUAGGAUUCAGGGGGCCAUGUGUAAACACAUACACUAGGAUUCAGGGGGCCAUGUGUAAACACAUACACUAGGAUUCAAGGGGCCAUGUGUAAACACAUACACUAGGAUUCAGGGGGCCAUGUGUAAACACAUACACUAGGAUUCAGGGGGCCAUGUGUAAACACAUACACUAGGAUUCAAGGGGCAUGUGUAAACACAUACACUAGGAUUCAAGGGGCAUGUGUAAACACAUACACUAGGAUUCAAGGGGCCAUGUGUAAACACAUACACUAGGAUUCAAGGGGCCAUGUGUAAACACAUACACUAGGAUUCAAGGGGCCAUGUGUAAACACAUACACUAGGAUUCAAGGGGCCAUGUGUAAACACAUACACUAGGAUUCAGGGGGCCAUGUGUAAACACAUACACUAGGAUUCAAGGGGCCAUGUGUAAACACAUACACUAGGAUUCAGGGGGCCAUGUGUAAACACAUACACUAGGAUUCAGGGGGCCAUGUGUAAACACAUACACUAGGAUUCAGGGGGCCAUGUGUAAACACAUACACUAGGAUUCAAGGGGCCAUGUGUAAACACAUACACUAGGAUUCAGGGGCCAUGUGUA